AUGGUCUCCUUGGCAAGGCGAACGCACUGGUACAUGCGCAUCGAGAUGAGUGCUCGGAGUUCAUUCGUCCAGCCAUGGUCAUUGUUGGUGAAGUUCAAGUCCCUCACUGACUUGGAUGAUUGGUACGAGUGGUUCUGGGGGAAGGACAUCGCUGAGCGGAGGCCCCCCCCCCCCGAAUCCACACUGGUCUAUGCCGAACGCAAUGCAUGGCGUGAGAUUCACAACAAGGUGUAUGAGGGAGCCACGUUGAAAGAUGCCAUGCAGGACCUCCGCCAAGACAGCCUAUUCUGGACCAGGGAGGUCUAUGAGAGGUGCCAGACUCGCGGCAACUCCCAGACACCCAUCAAAGGGAAAUCCAAAGGACAGAAGGGCACCACAUGGACCACGCGGCAAAUUAAUGGCCUGGCAUCCACAGAUGCUCCAUGCUCUGAUAUGGCCUUGUUAAGGCGAGUGGACUGUCUCCGGGCCCUGAUAAGGGAACAGUCAACACUCAGGCAGGCAUACCAGACCCCCGACAGACCAGAUAUGCCCCCUACACAGCGGGCAUUGAACCAGUGGACUGGGAAUGAAGCGGAUGCAUGGUUAGAAUUGCAGCGAGAAGGCAAGGAAGUCGAGCAUGACCUGCUCCGGGACCAACCAUACAGUGACCUCUGCAAUCGGGCAUUGGCGGGCCAGCGUGAGGGCGGUGGGGGAGGCCCCAACUGCCGCGCUUGGAGCAUUCUCCGUUGGAUCCCCAAGGCAUGUGCACCGCCACCAGUACGAGGCCGCAAAGAACCCCACUGCUGGGUGGAAGGUCUGAAGGCAUCAGACCAACAGCUUGUGGACGACGACAGCAGGGCAAAGCCGAAGUCUCCAGCACCAUGGAACUUCUUGGAGCAUCCAGUGGAUCCCAAGGACAAUAGCAUCACACCGAGUGCUUGGCGAUGCAGUUCCAUCUGGGCUACCAGAGCCCUACGAACACGGCGCCACUUGUUAGGGAACACCCUGAUCACCUUUGACCAAUGCCGGCUAGGACAAGUGGUAAAGAAGACGACCACCCUGUCCACCAACCUUCAUCUACAACAUUGGCACGGCAUGGUAUGUGACCAUGACCCAGAUGAUCACAAACAGAGUGACACGCUCACGUCAUCGGACCUUAGCAGGUACCCAUGGGAUAUGAUGCAUGGACUGGCAAGCGCCAUCCACGAACACCAAAUGCGAAGCCUUUUGCCGGGCGCACCGACAGAGCCCGCAGUUGCUUCAUGCACUGAUAACGGACCAGGUGCCUCUAAGAAGCCCCGACUGGGGGAUACAUCCAAGGCAGGCCUCCCAGUUACACCUGGGAACCAACAAGAUUGCCAGAAGUUGGCGCAAACACCCAAGCAGGGUCAGCACUCCGCCUGCGGUACGUCCUGGGAGGCAGACGGGCCAUCAAGACCCAUUAUGGAUCAUCCAUCCGAGGAAGGGGUCCAGUCAGUCACUAAGUUCCAGGGCUCCAUCAACCAGCAUGAGAAGCAGCGCGCAUUUCCCGACGCCCUUCUACGGGAAGUCCGACACAUCUUGGUGGGCCCUGACAAGGACGCCGUCCACCAGGGCCAACCGUUCUACCUCGAGGCGAUUCAUGACCUGGCCAAGCAGAUGAACGAUGUGGACCAGGACUACCCCCUCAUCCUCCGAGAAGGCGAAGACCUUACGAUGGAAUUCCUUCCACCCCCCCCGGGCAGGGCCAACUACAGCUCGGCAGAGCAGUUCAUAGAGGAGAUCAAGGAAACCUUCCGGGAAGAACGGGAACUGGAGAGGCAGCUGCCUACUGUGGAUACAGCCAGCGCUAUGAUACCAGCGCUUGAGCUACUGGGAUCCCUCAUUCUCAUCUCCUUCAUCUUGAAGAUGGGGGAACGCCACCAGCUGGCCAUCAAGAUCCCGGUCAUCACUGACAACCAAGGGAAUGUCUUCUGUAUGCUGAGCAACAAGACGCGGCAGAUGCCCACUUCAGCUAUUUUGAUGCAGCUGGUCCUUACACUUCACAAACGGGGGCUCAGCUUGCCCCCAGCCACGUGA